UCCGCCUCCGUUUUUGGUGCUAAGUACAAGAAAGUCGCCAAACGCACCUUCCCGGUUUCGACCAUCACACCCGAAGAGUUCCGCAUAGAACGAAGAAAGCCUUCCGACCCGCUCGCCGACAUGCGCCCACUUCCAACCUCGAUCCCGCCUUUCGAACCCGGCUCGCGAUACACUGACGAGCGUAUGCGCGCACAAGAUAUCGACCCGCACGGGUUCCUGCAGCCCGAGGAAGUCCGCCUCGCCCACUGGAUUCUGCGCGAAAACGAGCGCGCGCUUGCCUGGGAUGAGACUGAGAAGGGCCGCCUCUCCAACGAAUGGUUUGACCCCAUCCGCAUUCCGACGGUCGAGCAUGUGCCGUGGGUCUUCAAGAACAUCCCAAUUGCGCCCGGCAUUCGCGACGAAGUCAUCAAGAUAAUUAAGGCGAAGAUUGCAUCCGGAACUUACGAACAUUCGAACUCGUCGUACCGAUCGGCCUGGUUCUGCGUGCCGAAGAAGGACGGCAAGUCUCUCCGGCUCGUUCACGACCUGCAGCCCCUCAACCGCGUGACCAUCCGC